AUGGUUGAUCUGUUCCAAGGAACAUGGAAAUCCAUUUCUUGUGAAAAUUUUGAAGAAUAUAUGAAAGAACUGGGAAUAGGAAGAGCCAGCAGGAAACUUGGCUGUCUGGCAAAGCCCACUGUGACCAUCAUGACAAAAGAAGAUCUGAUCACUAUAAAAACCAAAAGCAUCUUUAAAAAUAAUGAAAUCUCCUUUAAACUGGGAGAAGAAUUUGAGGAAACCACACCAGGUGGCCAUAAAACCAAGAGUACGGUAAUCUUAGAUGAUGGCUCCUUGAUUCAGGUUCAGGACUGGGAUGGCAAAGAGAUCACCAUAAGGAGGAAGUUGGUGGAUGAGAAACUGGUGGUGGAAAGUAUGGUGAACAAUGUUACCUGCACACGAACAUAUGAGAGAGUACAAACAAACCGAGUCUCAAACUCUUAA